AUGAUGUCUGUAAACAGGUGGGUGAGGCUUUUUAGGGGUGCAAGAUCUUCCCUACCUUCUCUAUUACAAGAGCGGCUUUUGUCGGGGUCGGGGCUGUCUGGCGGCUCGUAUGAGCCCCCCACAGAGUGCCGAAGGGUGGAAGGAGCGCUGCAGCGGCCAAGGAGGACGCUUGCAGGCUCUAUCGAGGAUGUCCGCAAUGUGCGGGUUGGCCAAAUCAAUAUAAUUUUGCUGAACGACUUCCUUCGACAGUACGUUGGCCCCAACAGAGUGGUGGGUGAAGACCAAAAUGUGUCAAUGGAGGUGUUUGUGCGUGGGCCAGACAGGUACGUUACAGAGCAGAGGCGUCGUGAGGGGAAAUCCUCGAUUCCACUAGGGUAUCAGCUUUUUGAAGAUGCACGCAAGCUUACGGAGCGCAUGGUGGCCACGCUGCGAGACUGGAAGGAAUUUACAGAUAAGGAGUAUUGUCUCUGCUAUUACACGAACAAAACUGAAGGCAGCUCUUCAACUAGCGUAGGAGGAAGGGGCAACACGGGAAGCCGAAAUACGCCCCAGAGGACCAUCACCGGAGGCAUUCUACGAGUCCGUGUUUAA